AUGAGCAUCGAAACACCAGAGAUUCAGGCUGCUCCAUCAGCAUCAACAUCUGCUACUGCAUCUGAAAAUAUCUCCAAGACCAAAGAUAUCAUUACACCAACAGAGCCACCAACGGCCGAAGAGGAGAAAGAGAAAGAGGAAGACACAUCCAAAUCAUCAAUUUACUCCCCAGCAAACAUACUCUCAACUCUCUUCUCCUCAUUUUCGUUCUCAGGCACCUCUCCAGAGCCAACUACUACAAUACCUCCAAGCAACGACAAACAAAAAGAGAAAGAGACAACUAAAAGUCCAACUAAAAUAUCAAUUGAAACCCCAACCUCAGAUUCAACUACAGAAUCGACCCCAGAACCAUAUUACACCCCCGAAGAGACACCCCUCUUCAAAACCCUCUUCAAAACCCGUCUAACAAAAACCCGCACAAAACAACUCCUCCGCGCAGGAGAGCGAGAAUAUAAUGACCCUCCACCUCCACCAGGACUGGGUGAUUGUUGUGGGAGCUCGUGUGAUCCCUGUGUAAGGGAUUUGUGGAAGCAGGAGAUUGGGAUUUGGAGGGAGAGAUGGGGGGAUCGGGGGAUUGAAGACGGGGUAGUUUUGAAAGAUGAGAAGAAGAAUGAGAAGAAAGAAGAGAAAUUGGCGAAGAGAAAAGAGCUGGAAUGGUGA